AACAACACUAACCUGCAAAAUAUUCCAAAAAUAACAAAAUUAAAAGUUGUAGUUUUUGAUUGUUUGUUCAAUACUUCAAUCUAAGCUUCUUUCUCUCUUCCAACACCUUCCAAAGGCCGUAAUUAUGGCUUCUCUUGUUACCAAUGGAAUCUCCUGUUUAUCUCCCCAACAAAUCACUGAACAACCUAAAUUACCAAAAGGGUGUCAAUUUUUUCAAAAAUCAGCUACCCCCAGAAACCCUAAUUCAAGAAAUCUGAAGGUCAAAGCUGCAGAAUUGGCCAACACCACUCUUGAAACCCCAGGUAAAGACUCCUCCUUUUCAACAAAUGAAAUUGACCCACUUCAGAAAUUCUUGAAAAGAGACUAUAAAUGGGGUUUUAAUGAAAACAUUGAAUCUUUUGCACUACCAAAAGGGCUUUCUGAGGAAACUGUAAAGUUGAUAUCUUUGAGAAAAAAUGAGCCUAGUUGGAUGCUUGAGUUCAGGUUGAAAUCUUAUGAGAAAUUUAUUAAAAUGAAAGAGCCUAAUUGGUCUGAUAAUAGGUACCCAGAAAUUAAUUUUCAAGAUAUUGUUUAUUAUUCAGAACCUAAAAAGAAACCAACUUUGAAUAGUCUAGAUGAAGCUGACCCUGAGCUUAUUAAGUACUUUGAUAAGUUGGGUGUGCCUUUAAACGAAAGGAAUCGUUUGGCUAAUGUCGCUGUUGAUGCUGUUCUUGAUAGUGUUUCUAUUGCUACUACACAUAGGAAGACUUUAGAGAAAUCUGGUGUGAUUUUUUGUUCGAUAUCUGAGGCGAUUAGGGAGUAUCCCGAUUUAGUUAAGAAGUAUUUGGGGAGAGUUGUGCCCCCUGAAGAUAAUUUUUACGCGGCUCUUAAUUCCGCUGUGUUUAGUGAUGGAUCUUUUGUGUAUAUACCCAAACACACUAGGUGUCCGAUGCAGAUAUCGACUUAUUUUAGAAUAAAUGCUAUGGAAACUGGACAGUUUGAGAGGACUGUUAUAAUUGCGGAGGAAGGAAGUUUUGUGGAGUAUUUAGAAGGGUGUACCGCGCCUGCAUAUGAUACUAAUCAGUUACAUGCUGCUGUGGUGGAGUUGUAUUGUGAUGAAGGUGCGGAGAUUAAGUAUUCCACUGUGCAGAAUUGGUAUGCGGGAGAUGAGGAAGGUAAAGGAGGUAUUUAUAAUUUUGUUACAAAGAGGGGACUUUGCGCUGGACCUAGGUCGAAGAUUUCGUGGACGCAAGUGGAGACAGGGUCAGCUAUUACUUGGAAGUAUCCGAGUGUUGUGCUAGAAGGUGAUGAAUCAGUUGGUGAAUUCUAUUCUGUGGCAUUGACCAAUAAUUAUCAGCAGGCGGAUACGGGGACAAAGAUGAUACACAAAGGGAAGAAUACGAGGAGCAGGAUAAUUUCAAAGGGUAUUUCUGCAGGACAUUCUAGGAACUGUUAUCGAGGACUAGUUCAGGUGUUGUCCAAUGCAGAAAAUGCCAAGAACUCCUCGCAGUGUGAUUCAAUGCUCAUUGGUGAUACUGCUGCUGCUAACACUUACCCGUACAUUCAGAGCAAAAACCCAACUGCCCGCAUCGAACACGAAGCGACCACGUCAAAGAUUGGUGAAGAUCAGUUGUUUUAUUUCCAGCAGAGGGGAAUUGACUACGAGAAAGCGAUGGCUGCGAUGAUUUCAGGGUUUUGUAGGGACGUUUUCAACGAACUUCCUGAUGAAUUUGGAGCUGAGGUGAAUCAACUAAUGAGCUUGAAACUUGAAGGAUCUGUUGGUUAAGCAUACCAUAUUUCUGAUUAUAUUUGACAAUAAAGCUGAUUGCUAGUGUGAAAAAGUUUUGGACUUGGUAGCUAAUGAUUAUGUCAUCUGUUAAGUUGUAAUAUUAGUCAUAACAGAAGCUUUGCAUCAAUUAUACACAUUGUAAAUAAUGCAUCAAUGCCUUAUCUUCUGAUACCUUUGCAAUUCAACACUUUUGGGGAUUAGAUUUCAAAUUGAUUAUAUUAGAGACUGAAGAAAUCAAGCUUUUGCAAUUA